AUAUAAAAUGAAAGAAAGAAGGAAGAAAAAGACUUGAAGAAGAAAAGAAACAGUUGUCUGUGUCACCCACCGCGUCCUCAACGAUCAGAAACACCGCACCGGUUUCCUCUUCUCCCUUCCUCUCAUCCCCGGCGCGUGCUGCUCACGUGAGUUCAGCUUCAACGUUGCAUUUUCUCAGAGUGUGGUGCGUGGAUCUACCUUCUGAAUUCCGGCGCUUGAACCCUAAAGGUGGUGGUGGUUGGUGAUCUGAGGUUGUGGAUAUGGCGACGGCGAAGGCUUCAUCACGGUCGAGGGUGAAAGAGAGCGGCGGAGGGAAGCUUGAAGAAGGUCUCAAUCCAUUCAAGUCUGAGAGAUUUGACGCUGAGUCGUAUGUUCAGUCCAACUCCUCCCUCAACGACAAGGACAUUAAGCAAUUAUGCACAUAUUUAGUGGAUCUGAAGAAAGCUUCUGCUGAAGAGAUGCGUCGAAGUGUCUAUGCUAACUACCCAGCCUUCAUCCGAACAUCUAAGGAGAUAUCAGAUUUAGAAGGUGAGCUGUCAUCUAUUAGAAACCUGCUAUCUACACAAGCUACCUUGAUACAUGGUUUGGCCGAAGGAGUUAACAUCGAUUCAUUAUCGAUCUCCGAUUCCGAUGGACUUUCUGCACAUGCCUCAUCAGAUUCUGAAGAUAGGGAGACAUCUGACCUUGACACAUGGUUAGUUGAGUUUCCUGAUCUCUUGGAUGUUCUCUUGGCUGAAAGGCGAGUGGAAGAAGCUUUGGCUGCUCUUGAUGAAGGAGAACGUGUGGUUUCUGAGGCAAAAGAUAUGAAAUCUCUCAAACCAUCUGUAAUUUUAUCGCUACAGAAUUCCAUUACUGAACGUAGGCAAAGAUUAGCUGAUCAGCUUGCUGAAGCUGCUUGUCAGCCUUCCACCCGUGGUGCUGAACUUCGUGCCUCAAUCUCGGCCCUUAAAAAACUUGGUGAUGGUCCAAAUGCUCACAGCUUGCUACUUAAUGCCCAUCUGCAGCGAUAUCAGUACAAUAUGCAAAGUCUUCGGCCAUCAAGCACCUCAUAUGGGGGAGCAUACACUGCAGCUCUUGCACAACUGGUAUUUUCUGCAGUUUCACAAGCUGCAAGUGAUUCAUUGGCUAUUUUUGGUGAUGAGCCAGCUUAUACCUCUGAACUUGUGAUGUGGGCUACUAAGCAAACAGAAGCGUUUGCUCUUCUGGUGAAAAGGCAUGCAUUAGCUUCAUCAGCUGCUGCCGGAGGUUUAAGAGCUGCUGCAGAGUGUGUUCAAAUAGCAUUGGGUCAUUGCUCAUUGUUGGAAGCUCGUGGCCUGGCUCUUUGUCCUGUGCUAUUGAAACUUUUUAGGCCUAGUGUCGAACAAGCAUUAGAUGCCAAUUUGAAACGAAUUCAAGAGAGUACUGCUGCUUUGGCUGCAGCUGAUGAUUGGAUACUCACAUACCCUCCUACAGCUAAUCGUCAGACUGGUAGUACACCAGCAUUUCAACAUAAACUUACAAGUAGUGCCCAUCGCUUCAAUUUGAUGGUCCAGGACUUCUUUGAGGAUGUAGGACCACUGCUUAGUAUGCAGUUGGGAGGGCAAGCUUUGGAAGGGUUGUUUCAAGUAUUUAACUCUUAUGUGAACAUGCUCAUAAAAGCAUUACCUGGAUCAAUGGAGGAAGAAGCAAACUAUGAAGAUUCUGAAAACAAAAUUGUACGGAUGGCUGAGACUGAAACCCAGCAGAUUGCAUUGCUUGCUAAUGCCUCAUUACUAGCAGAUGAACUACUUCCUCGAGCAGCCAUGAAGCUCUCCCCCUUAAAUCAGGCUCCAUACAAGGAUGACAAUCGAAGAAAAACCUCAGAAAGGCAAAAUCGCCAUCCUGAACAAAGAGAAUGGAGGAGACGACUUGUGGGUUCUGUUGACAGAUUGAAAGAUACAUUUUGUCGACAACAUGCCUUGGACCUAAUUUUUACAGAGGAAGGUGAUAGUCAUCUUACAGCUGACAUGUACAUAAAUGUCGAUGGAAAUGCAGAGGAAAUUGAUUGGCUUCCAUCUUUAAUUUUUCAGGAGCUUUUCAUUAAACUGAACAGAAUGGCCAAUAUAGCAUCGGAUAUGUUUGUAGGGAGGGAAAGAUUUGCUACGUUGCUCUUGAUGAGACUCACGGAGACUGUUAUUUUGUGGCUCUCUGAAGAUCAGAGCUUUUGGGAUGAUAUUGAGGAAGGACCAAGGCCUUUAGGUCCUCUUGGUCUUCAACAGUUCUAUUUGGAUAUGAAGUUUGUUGUAUGUUUUGCCUCCCAUGGUCGAUACUUGUCAAGGAAUUUGCAACGAAUUGUCAAUGAAAUUAUUACAAAAGCAAUGACAGCAUUUUCUGCAACAGGGAUGGAUCCAUACAGAGAACUGCCUGAAGAUGAAUGGUUUAAUGAAAUAUGUCAAGAUGCCAUGGAAAGACUCAGUGGAAAACCAAAGGAAAUAAAUGGAGAGAGGGACCCUCACAGCCCUACUGCAUCUGUGUCUGCACAAUCAAUUUCAUCAGUCAGAUCUCAUAGCAGUUCAUAAGGCAUAGUUUCAUCCCUGUAAAUUAGAACAAAGUUCAAGCUAUCAUGAAAUCACAACAGAUUUUUGUACUCUUUAACAUUUAUCGCUUCAUCGCCCCUGAUGUUUACCCCUGCCUUCAAUUAGCAUCCGACCCCUUCUUUUCUUCACUCAAAUUAAUGGGUGUACCCGGCAUUUGUGUAGAUUAAGUUUGGCAAUAAUUUUUACUUGUCACUUUGGUCUUUCUGUUGUAAAUGUUGAUUUUUAUUUGGUUUGUACUCUGAAAUAUUAUUCUUUGAACCA